AUGCCAGAUGAUAAUAAAAACCGUUUAUGGAGAUAUACUAAUCGGAAGUUUAUCUUGCCGGUUGAAGCACGAGAUUGGAUUGAGACCACUGUUAGAGAGGCAUGGAGAAGAUAUAAGCACAAAAUUAAGAAGAAUCAUUUUUUGAAGUAUUCCAACAUGACCGAGAGACUCAAAAAUCGUCUGCCAAACGUGCCAAUAGCCCAGUUUAAGAGUCUUUGUGCUUAUUGGAGUAAGGAAACUAUACAAGCAAUCAGUGAAAAUAACACUAGAAAUAGAGCUCAACUAAAGUGGAUGCAUCGAAUGGGUCCCAAAAACUUUGCUUUGACUCGUGAAAAAGUGGAACUGGAUGUAGAAACUGGAAAAGUAAUUUCCCAACUUCAAGAAAUGGUUGAAAAGGAGGAAAGUGAUACAGAAGCUUUUAAAGUUUUUUUUGGAAAGGAGUGUCCAGGAAGGGUAUGCUGUUAUGGGAGAAACAUAACUAAAACUUCCUUAAAGAGAAAGGCAGAGAUUAAUGCUUUGAAACAAGCCCACGGUGAAGAGGUCUCUACAUUAAGGGACGAGUUUCAAGAUAAGAUUGAUAGAUUGCAAAAUGCUUUUAAGACCGUAAUACAACAAUGCAAUCCUCAAAUUAAUAUAGAGUCAAUUGAAGAUUUGUUAGGAUUGUCUCAUGGAGAUGCUAAUAGUUCCCCAAAGGAUAUAAGACCACAAAUGCAUUCAUCUACAUCAACUCAUGCUCCAUGUCAUGGAAAGCAAUGUAUCAAUGAAGAUGUUGAAAAGGACGAUAUAAAUGAUGAAAUUCAAGAGGACGACAUAAAUGAUAAAAUUCAAGAGGACGACCUAAAUGAUAAAAUUCAAGAGGACGACGUAGAUGACGAAUUUCAAGAGGACGACAUAGAUCUAGAUGAUGAAUUUCAAGAGGAGGAUAUAGAUGGUGAAUUUCAAGAGGACGACAUAGAUGAAGAAUUUAUGGAGGAUGACAUAUCUAACGAAUUUCAAGAGGACGAUCUGGAUGCUUUACUCCUAGAAGACAAACUUGAAUGA